GAAGGGAAAAAUGGUGUCACUAGCCACCACAGCCUAAAAGUUUUAUACCCCGUUUAUGAUUUCUGACCUAACCCUAACCUCAACUACACUGCUAACCUUAUGUCUAACCGUAACCUUAAAGCACAUUUUUGUUUUCAUUAAUUUUUGACCGUAUACUUUGUGGCUGUGAUAACUAAUGAAAACACAAAAAAUACAGGAAGUCGAUAGCUAACUACGUUAGCUUUUCCGCUGGGUUUAUUCCGUCAAGCUGCUCAUAUCUGAAAAUACAUUUUGUGUGAGCUUCUGGACCAAAUGACAGCGACUCCGUUGACUGCAAUUGUUUUAUCUCGCUGCAUGCAGUUAAAUCGCUAAAUGAUGGGAGAGAGAGUGUGUGUAAUGGUGGUGUGAUCCUGUGUGUCUCUGUGCCAUGGAGAAGCCGUGGAGGCUGUGGGGCUCGGUGGAGCGCUGUGCCCUGGCCUUGGCCUCCUGGUCCUGGGGUGCCUGUCGCAUCUCCCUCCUGGCCCUCAUCCUCACCUUCCACCUCUACGGAGGCUUCUUUCUCCUGGCUCUCAUCCUGGCCUCGGUGGCCGCCAUCCUCUACAAGUUCCAGGACGUGCUGCUCUACUUCCCCGACCAGCCCUCCUCCUCCCGGCUCUAUGUGGCCAUGCCAACAGGCAUCCCCCAUGAGAACGUCUACAUCCGCACCAAGGACGGCGUGCGCCUCAACCUUAUCCUGCUCCGCUACACCGGCGGAGACAGUCUUGAUAACCCCGGGGUCGCCCCCGUCAACGAAUCUAACCCUGCCUCCACGGCCCCGCCCACAAUCCUUUAUUUCCACGGCAACGCAGGCAACAUCGGGCACCGGGUGCCCAACGCUCUGCUGAUGCUGGUGAACCUGAAGGCCAACGUGGUGCUGGUGGACUACCGGGGGUAUGGGAAGAGCGAGGGCGAGCCCAGUGAGGACGGCCUGAACCUGGACGCCCAGGCCACACUGGACUACGUGAUGACCCGGCCUGACCUGGACAAGACCAAGGUGAUGGUGUUUGGCCGCUCUCUUGGGGGCGCAGUGGCGGUUCGCCUGGCCUCGGCCAACCCUCACCGCGUGGCUGCCAUCGUGGUGGAGAACACCUUCCUCAGCAUCCCCCACAUGGCCGCCACACUCUUCUCCUUCCUGCCCAUGAGGCUGCUGCCCCUGUGGUUCUACCGGAACCAGUUCCUGUCCUACAGACAGGUGGCGCUGUGCCGGAUGCCCUCGCUGUUCGUGUCGGGCCUGUCAGACCAGCUCAUCCCGCCCGUCAUGAUGAAGCAACUUUACGAACUGUCGCCGGCACGAACUAAACGUCUGGCCAUCUUCUCUGAGGGCACGCACAAUGACACAUGGCAGUGCCAGGGCUACUUCGCUGCACUGGAACAGUUUGUCAAGGACCUGAUGAAUAGCCACACCCGCGAGGAGAGCGUCCAGUCCACAGCCAGUGUCACAAUCAUCUAGUCUAGAGAGAAGAAGAGUCUAGAGAGAAGAAGUGUCUAGAGAAAACCCUACAGUCCAUACUCCCUACAUACGUGUGUAGAUCCAAAACCAUUGAAUAGGUGUAAUAAGCAGCAAUAUGGCUCAGGAAAUGUGAAGCCAACCACUGCCAUAUUGCUUAUACCUGUCUAGUUGUUUCUGAUCUACUUGAGGUGUCUAUGGUAUGGUAGCAGUAACUAGGCUGUGCUACUAGGGUCAGAUUGGAGAGAAUGUUCAUUUCUACACUUUUGUUUUGGUUUCAUCAUGGUCUUUUUCCAUAGUAACUGUACCAUAUCAAACAAUUGGGGAGUACUUUAGGUGUGGGGGGUGUUUGGGGUUGAUGGAGGGGUGAUUGACAUGGAAAUGUCUCCAUAAGUCUAUUUGUGUGUGAAAUAUGACUGCAGUGGGUGGACAUGUACUUGUUAUGGCCUUUUUUGAAUCAUUUACAAACCAUACACAACUUUGAUCAUCCUGUCAAACACAACCACACUUUUAAAAACACUUUAAAAAGAAAAUAAACUACAGGAGGCAAAGCUGCACCUGAACUGCCAGAACUUAAUGACAAUGUUUAGCUAACAUAAUAGCAUUUCAGUAAAUCAAUAAGACAUUUCUGACUAAUAUGAUAGUGUUUCAGUAAUUCAAUUAAAAAGUUUAUUUAUUUUAAUUGUGUAAUCUGUUAUUUCAUGACACGCUGUUUAAAGUUACAUGCGUGAGGAUCUUAUAGGCAUCAUAGUGUCCUUAUAGAUUCAUAUUCUACUUUUUACAGAAAAUCCUGUUCAUAUCAGCCGAGAGAGAGACAAUAUGAUACAGCCCAUAAGGCACUAUGUAUGUGGCACUCUGAAAAGGAGCAUGCACAACCUGAAUGUUUCACUGAAUGUUUCACUCCCAAACUAUUUUGUUGUUGUAAAUGGCCAGAUGAUGUUCCAAUGUUGCAUAAAUUCCAUUCUACACUGUAUAUUCUCUGACAAUAAAUGUAAACGCCUAUGUGGCUGGAGCUGUGGUCAACUCUUUGCAUAGUUUACCCGUGACCCGUUCUGUUGGUUGCCAACCCCAGGGCUUUCAGACGGAUGUGACCAUUAGAUUGAUGCUGAUAGAACUCUACUAUAAAGAACAGACAUAUGUUCGGAAUUUUGACAUGCAAGGCUUGUCUGUCUGUACAAUACAUUUUUAUCUGCAUUGUUCUGAAUUCUGCACACUAUUAAAAACCAGAAGACCUUCACCCAAAUACCAUGGCCUGGGAAAAACCUAGCUCUGUUAGCUUCCUGUGAAAGUGAAGGACACUUCGUGGGAUAGAGUGUGUGUUAUCUAUGUGAGGGUUACAUUUUCAUCUCUGUGUUUGUACCAUGAGACUUGUGUUACUAAGUUGUAUUAUUAUUUGUGUUAUUCUAUUCUUCUCAACGUAAUGAUUGGGGCGGCAGGGUAGCCUAGUGGUUAGAGCGUUGGACUAGUAAUCGAAAGGUUACAAGUUCGAAUCCCCGAGCUGACAAGGUACAAAUCUGUCGUUCUGCCCCUGAACAGGCAGUUAACCCACUGUUCCUAGGCUGUCAUUGAAAAUAAGAAUUUGUUCUUAACUGACUUGCCUAGUAAAAUAAAGGUAAAAUAAAAAUUGUUCUGUCAAGUAGGCUAGUGUCUCAGUUCACCCCAUGGCUUUACCUGCUUGGAGUGCUUUUAAUGAGCUAAUGAACCUUUCCUGCAUGUCUUCCAGGGACUGGAGCUGAGGUGGAUAAACAUACACUCUAACCCUGCUGGGUCGUGAUCAUUAACAGAUUAUAACAGGGAGGGAAUACCUGUCCAAUAAGAAAUGCUCAAUUUUGUUUUUAGUUGCAAAAUCUAUUGCUACAUUGUGCACUAAUUGGGGUGGCACAUUUUGGGUAAUAUUCAGAGGUGGAAACGUGCUGUGGGAAUUAACGGAAAUAUAUGCAAAUUAAUAUUAAUACCAUUUUUAAAUGUAAAUGUUUUUUUGCAUUGGAUGUAUUUACCAUAUCAUAUGGAGACAAACAUAAACAUCAUAAGUAGACAUAAUUGCAAAUGAUUACAUCCUUCCAAUAUAAUUUUUUUUUUAAAUUGUUACGGAUUUAAUUUCAAUGAAGAGUUGACUCUUCACAUGGGAUGAUUUCACUGAACAUCAAAAGAAAUGGAAUAUUGAAUGAUCCCCAAUGAUCCAUCUUAUCUCAGAAAAAUGUUUUCAACAUACAUCUGUAAAAUUAUAGUGUAGAAACUUAAGCUUUGGUUGUCUUCCUCUCAGGCUUCCAAGUCUUCUCCCUGGACCUCUUCAAUGUCCACCUCUUGAACAUCAGACUCUGAGGCCUCAUCUUCACUGUCACUUUCCAACCUUGUUGAGGAUGGCCUGUUGUCAGGCUCAAAAAGCCUCAAAUUUGCCCGAAUGGCCACCAAUUCUUCAACCCUUGUAUUGGUCAGCCUGUUGCGUGCUUUGGUUGUGUUCCCAAACAAGGACCAGUUGCGCUCUGAAGCGGCUGGGAUUUGGUGGGAUUUGGAGGAUGAUGGAGGCAACGGGAAAGAACCUCAGAUCCACAAAGUCCCUUCCACCAGGUGGCUGAUGAGAUAUGUUGGCACUACUGCCAUAUUGUAUCUCCAUCCCAAAGACUGUCUAACAUGAUGACAACACCACCCCAACUGGUGUUGCUGGGCAGCUUCAAUGUGGUGCUCUUAUUCUUCUCACUUUGCUUGGUGAGGUAGAUUGCUGCUAUAACUUGAUGACCCUUCACAUACUUAACCAUUUCCUUGGUUUUCGUGUAGUCUAUCCAUUGUUUACAGUGCCACGAUGUCCUUGAGGAGCAGAUUCAAUGCAUGAGCAGCACAGCCAAUGGGUGUGAUGUGAGGGUACAACUCCUCUACUUUAGACCAAGCAGCCUUCAUGUUCGCAGCAUGUUCUGUCACAAAUGCAAAUACCUUCUGGGGUCCAAGGUCAUUGAUGACUGUCUUCAGCUCAUCUACAAUGUAGAGACCGGUGUGUCUGUUGUCCCUUGUAUCUGUGCUCUUUUAGAAUACUGGUUGAGGGGUGGAGAUGAUGUAGUUCAUUAUUCCUUGCCCACAAACAUUCGACCACCCAUCAGAGAUGAUUGCAAUACAGUCUGCUUUCUCUAUGAUUUGCUUGACCUUCACUUGAACUCUGCAUCCAGCAAAUUAGUAGAUAAAGCAUGUCUGGUUGGAGAGGUGUAUGCUGGGCGAAGAACAUUCAGAAAUCUCUUCCAAUACACAUUGCCUGUGAGCAUCAGAGGUGAACCAGUUGCAUACACAGCUCGAGCAAGACAUUCAUUAGCAUUUCUCUGACUACGUUCCUCCAUUGGGUCAAAGAAACUUCUGAUUCCAGGAGGACCAUGAGCUGUUGCUAUCGAUAAGGUGUCUGAUUCAUCAUUUUCACCUCAAAUAGAGAGAGAGGGACUUUUGUCAGAGGUUGCUUGUUGUGAGCGCUAAGAGAACUUUAUGCACUUGGCCAGAGGAUUCUGCAUCUUUGUUGCAUUCUUCACAUGAUUUGGCACAGUAUUUGCAAAUGUACACAGCUUUUAAUUCUACAUUAGUUGCAGUGAAAUGUCUCCACACAUCAGAUAGUGCCCGUGCCAUUUUCCUGUAAAGAUGCCACAAGACCUAGAAUUGCCUUAUGUGUAUCCCACAAAAAAAGUUUCACUGUUAAUAGCUAACUUUUUUGAUGAAUUUAAGCAAAGUUCUCCAAAUUCCAGGGCUUAACUUCCCAUGGAAAAUGUCUGGAAAUUCUCUGUUAUGUCUCGGUCUCUCUGCAGCAUACUACAGUGCAGUUGUACUGUAUCAAAGCCAUUCGGACACAACAAACAGAGACACUCAGAAUCAGCAGACAUGUUGGCUCUAGAAUCUAACUUCAGACUAAACUGCGUGUAUCACAGUGAGCUGAUUAUUCACUAUAUACACUACCGUUCAAAAGUUUUGGGUCACUUAGAAAUGUCCUUGUUUUUGAAAGAAAAGCACAUUUUUUGUCUAUUAAAAUAACAUAAAAUUGAUCAGCAAUACAGUGUCGACAUCGUUAAUGUUGUAAAAGACUAUUGUAUCUGGAAACAGCAGAAUUUUUAUGGAAUAUCUACAUAGGCGUACAGAGUCUCAUUAUCAGCAACCGUAAUUCCAAUGGCAUGUUGUGUUCGUUAUUCCAAAUGUAUAAUUUUAUAAAGCUAAUUGAUCAUUAGAAAACCCCUUUGUUAGCACAGCUGAAAACUGUUGUACUGAUUAUAGAAGCAAUAAAACUGGCCUUCUUUAAACUAGUUGAGUAUCUGGAGCAUCAGCAUUUGUGGGUUUGAUUACAGGCUCAAAAUGUCCAGAUUCAAAUAACUUUCUUCUGAAACUCGUCAGUCUAUUCUUGUUCUGAGAAAAGAAGGCUAUUCCAUGCGAGAAAUUGAUAAGAAACUGAAGAUCUCGUACAAAGCUGUGUCCUACUCCCUUCACAGAACAGUUUCUGGAAUUUUGCAAUUCAAUUCCUGACUUGACUGAAUUGGCCCUCACUCCUACCAGAGUUGUUGGAGUGAUACAUUUGGGAUAUGUUGCUGCUAGAGUCUGGCCACCGACCUGGUCCGACCAAGUCCUAUUGUGAAAGAAAUGUUAUAUUGAACUCAAAGCAAUUGCUAUUCUACAUAAUGUUGCAUUACCAUUGUGUAAAAUAUUAUUUCUAAGGAUAUCAAAUUGUAUUUGUCACAUGCGCCGAAUACAACAGGUGUAGACCUUACAGUGAAAUGGAAUGAAAGCUGGCUUUGAUAUGCAGGAGAGAAUGUUAACAUGCUGAUACACUGAUUUGUUGAAGGACUAAACAUGUGAUGAUGAUGAUGAUGGGUGUUCUCUGAGCUGGGGGCUUAUGGGUAUUGUAGUUGAGAGCUCUGUACCCUCAUGAACUGAACUUAAAUUGUGCAUCCAUUCUGUUUAGGAAAGCAACCACUGCAGUCAUUUUACUACUCUAGUGUUGAUGUGUUAGAAAAGAAGACUGAAUAUAAAAAAACUAAGUACACAAUCUCAUUUUCUGUUCUUUGUACAGUAACAUGCAAUAACUGAAUAAACCCAAAGUUCUUAUAA